CAAUCUAUCUUAGCUAUAUACUUGUCACAACUUCAUUUCCAAAAUAAAAACCAUCUCCUAAUUAAUAUUCCAACAACCCAAGUUACCUGUUGACCCUCCUCAGCCAAACAAUUCUUGUUUCUAGCUUUCACAAGCAAGCUCUAACAACAAUGAAGAAAGUAGUGUUAAAGGUGGACUUACAUGGUGAUAGAACCAAGCAAAAAGCUAUGAAGACAGCAUCUGGCCUUUCAGGGGUUGAAUCAGUUUCUGUGGACAUGAAAGAUAUGAAAAUGAUCGUAGUGGGGGACAUUGAUCCAGUGAGUGCAGUGUCCAAGCUACGAAAGUGUUGUCGCACUGAAAUAGUUUCAGUUGGACCAGCAAAAGAGGAGAAGGAGACAGAAAAGGAGGAGCCAGCAAAAGUACUUGUUCCUCUCAAGCACCAUGAAUCCUAUCCCCUUUAUUAUCGGAUGACACCACAGUAUAGUCAAAGUUACUAUGUCACAAGUUACGAAGAGAAUCCUAGCGGCUGUGUCAUCUGCUAAAUUUGAGAAUACAGAAAAUAUAUGAUAUAAAAAAAGACACUCAUUUUGUUGCUUUUAUUAGUAUUUUCAUGAUCUAAUAGAUACAAGGGAGUAAAUAUGUACUUUAUUUAGUGUAGUGUAUGAUUAGACUUUGUCAUUUUGUAAAAUGUAUUAGACAAAAUUUGAUGGGUUAUUCAUAAAUAAUAAUAACCAAGAUUUGAGUGGAAAUGUUCUCUUCCUAA